GCCAGUUGAGCAUGUUUAGUUCUCGUUCAUGGCAAAUGGUCACCAGGCAUCGACCAAACACUGCAAGCUGGUCUAAACGGGGCCUGGCAACAGCAACAGAGACAGGAUAGAGGCAUAACCAGAAUCGCAACAGGAGGUGCUGGCUGGGUAUUUGGCAUAUACAUAUAUCUAUAUAUUGCGCGAAGUUCAUUAGACCUUUUGAUGGGCCUCUUUCUGCCUCAAUGGGUACUUGUCUGGUGCUCAGCGUGCAAAAGCGCUCAAUAGCACGAAAUGAAACAUUUUACCGAGUUUUGCACAAAAAAACUGAUCUAAAAAUAAUCCACGCAACGGAGUUCGCAUCGAUAGCAGCCAGAGAUGUAUGAUCCGGAGGCGGAGUCGGACGACGACUGCGAAGUUUACUUCCUGAAGCCCGUGAACGAGUACAACAUUGCAGACAAGAUUAACGAGGCCAACAAGCAGCUUUUUGCGCUAUACGAGGAUCAUGACAAUGUGGGUCAGUUGAAUGCCAACAGCAUUACCAGCAAUCGCAAGGUAACUUUUGCGCCCAAUUUGGAGGAUUACGAGCCCACAGCGCAGCAGUCUAUCCAGGAGGAGCUGUACAGUCCGCCCGCUGGGCUGCUGGAGCAAUUGGCGCAGCUGAAGCUUCAAACCGAACGCGAACGAUUUGCGCCCAUCGAAAAGGAGCCAUCCAAGGAGCUGGAGAAUACAGUAAUGGAGCAGAAGGCAGCGAAGCCACAGUUGGAGGAGGAAAUAUGCGAGGAAAUUUUAGACCUAAGCGAAGUGGAAAAUGGCAGCAGUAACAGCUACAGUAUGCAGUCUGUACCAGCUGCUCGGACUGGAAGCAUAGACCACGCGGAUGACGACUUCUCAGGCGUGGAUGAGGAUGAUCUGAUUGCUGCCACCGAAACGCUUGCAGCAUGCACGCAAAAGCUUCGCAUAACACGUCAGAAUACAUUCGAUUUGAAUAAUGAGCAAAUGGCAGAGGAGUCGGAUCAGAGGAGUUUGACCAAUUUGCUAACUGAGUCUGAUUGCGAGGAAGAUGAACGCGUUGUGAACGAGGCACGCAUCAAGCUGCGGCAAGCUUACAAAAGUCUAUAUAAAACACUAGAUGUUCCAGGACAGAAGCAGAUCAAUCGUCUAACUGGAACCAAUUAUGGGCAUGAGGAUGUGGAAGAGGAUGAUUUAUCCGUCAUUGUUGCUAGCUAUAUACCCGAAGCUUUUGAGCUGGAUCAGCAUAGCGUUUAUUACAAGAAAGAAGGCGAAGCUGAUCGAAAGCUGAACACUAAUAGCACCAACAAGACAUUCUUCAAUGCCCGCCAUUUUAGUUUUCGCCGUCGCUCCACGCCCACAGCAACAACUGUUGCCAGCGUGCCGGAUAUCAAAAUGAACUAUAAGAUUUGUUGCGAGCAUCGGCAUGCGCUGCAGAGGGAAAAGCUACCUCGUUACACAGGCUACAUGUCCGAGUACGGCCUGAGUGCAAAGCAGCUACAGCAACGUGAACAACAGAUGCGACGCAAACAACGCUUUGCCAUAGAACAAACGCUGAACCGAAACGAACAUGAGCUGAAGAAAAUGCAAGAUAAUGAACGUGCCUUCACAACCUGGCUGAAGAACAAAAUGCGGUAUCCCAUCAAUAAAACACGAAACAUGUUCGAUGCAACUCGGAAGCGAGGAACUGUGGUAGCUGCAGCCAAUCCGAAUGCCCACCAGCAACGAGAGCGGGAACUACGAUUGAGUCGCAAACGUGACAGCCAUGAGGUUUUUCAUUAUCGUCAUCUCCUGGGAAAUUGGAACUAGUAGG